ACCACGCCCUUCCUGUGGGUGUCAGUGCAGAAGCCCAGACGAACGUAAAUAACAGAAAAGCUACAUAAUCUGCUGCUCCAGCUACACUUCCCACAGCAAACAGUUUGGAUGCAAAACGGUAAUAGAAAUGAUAUUACUUAUUUCAGCGAGGCUAUUUUCAUAGAUUAAAAUAUUAAAGUGGGUAGCAGCAAUUCUGGUACAGAAUUGUUGCUGUCUUAUCCUGAAACCGACCUCAUAUGCUAAUGCUAACAACAUAGCUCCAGUAUGAACUCGCUGGUUGGUUAUGGAGUUUCCUCCAGCAGUGAUGAAGAGGAGGAAGACUUAAACAGCAGGAAAGCUGACUUUCAUCAAGAUGAUGCUACCGCUGUCAAAAAGAGCCGCAACUUCUUACUGGAGUCUGACUCGGCAUCCAGUGAGUCAGACUCUGAGGAUCAGAAGUCCUCAUCAUAUUCAUCAUCAUCAUCUCAUCUUCAAACCCUGGGCUCCUCGGCACCCUCCCGGCCCAUCCUGCCUCCACCCCCCUUAAACUCUGUCACCCUUAAAAAGCUACCUCCACCUUCUCUAAACGCCUCGUCUGACAGCAGCGUGUUCACCAACCCAUUCAAAGCACAGGCCGACCAGAAGCUCAGUGCUCUACAGAAACACGUUCCACUCACCAUGCAGGCAAGACCCUCCCAGAUAGGAGGCAAAAAGGUCUGUGUUUCCUACAGGAAGGACGGAAGGUGCAGGUUUGGUAUCAAAUGCAAGUUUGCUCACGACAGUGACCUCCAGACGGCGGUGAUUCCCAGCGACUCUCAGCCAUCUGUGAGUGAGCAGACACCAGAACCUGUGGGAGGAUCCCAGAGCUUUCAGCAGGAAUCAAAGGAAAAAGAGGCUGAGCAGCAGAUGAAGAAGAGGAAAGUUGGACUGAGUAACUCUUUGAUUCCCCCUAAAAGAGCACUGAAGCAAUAUACUAUGCAGAGAGACAGAGAGAGGAUUAAUAUGUCCUGAGGACGGGUUUAUAAACUGGGAAUAACUAAUUUUGUAAAUUUUUAUGUCUUAAAUUAGUAAUAGAGGCAGAGUUCUGGACCAGACAUCAUACUGAUGUCCCUUUGUCGCUGUAUUAAUUUUUCUCCGUUACACACGGACCAAUUUGUUGUUCUUUCCUGUGAGUAUAGGCAUGGACUGGUUACCAGUAUUGCAGUAAACCAAAUUUUAAGAAAAUUCUGCUUGAAAACCACAUAAAUUUCCAUUCUAACCGUUCCUGUCUUUUAGAGAUAUGCAAGAAAAAAACUGCAUGUAUCAAAAUUAAUAAAAAGGUUACAUAUUUUC